AUGGCUUCGACCGACGACGCUCUAGAGACAUAUACGCACCUUCCACUCCACAUCGACCCCCAGACGAAACAGAUCUCCAUCCUCUCCUCAGACAGGGCGUUGCAAGACGCCAUCUCCAAUAUCAAUAAGUUACACACGUCUUUUAAGUCGCUCGAGACCCCGAACAAUAUCCCACCCCCUCCUCUCCCGGUGAAUCCCAAACGGUCAGGUCAGGUCCACAAACUGCGAGAGUCGGCUGUGGCAUCCUCACGGAAAGGUCAACAUGCAGAUGCGAUCCGCCUCCUCGGAGUUGGGAUAGAUAUGGCCGCGGCGCGACCAGGCUGGGAGCCCAUGGGACUGGCUAGAGAAGAGCUUGCUUUGAUGUAUCUCUCUCGAGCUGCUGCUAAUGCCGACCUCCAGAACUGGGUCGAAGGUCUGAAAGAUGCCGAGUGCAGCAUUGAGUGCAAACGAGGCCCUGGCACCGGUCCCAAUGGAGAAAAGGUCGCCGGUAACGCGAAAUCAUACAUUGUUGGAGGAAGAUGUCUGAUGGAGAUGGGACGUUGGCAGGAUGCCGUUGAAUGGCUUGAGAGGGCGAUCGAAAUCGAGGGGAAAGAAGGCGAAGAUUGUCGUGAACUCAUGCGACGGCUGACGGAAGCAAAGAAGCACACAGGAAACAAGGAUUGA